AUGCCAUACCCAUUUCAACUAGGUUUUCAAGAUGCUACAUCCCCUAUUAUAGAAGAGCUACUAUACUUCCACGAUCACGCUUUAAUAGUAGUAUUUUUAAUCAGUUCUCUGGUAUUAUAUAUCAUUACUCUGAUGCUAACAACUAAAUUAACACACACGAGCACCAUGGAUGCCCAAGAAGUCGAGACCAUUUGAACCAUCUUACCUGCGAUCAUUCUAAUUACAAUCGCCCUCCCAUCGCUGCGGAUCCUUUACAUGAUAGAUGAAAUCAAUAACCCAGUUCUAACCGUCAAAACAAUUGGCCAUCAAUGGUACUGAAGCUAUGAAUAUACUGAUUAUGAGGAUCUCAGCUUCGACUCCUAUAUAAUCCCAACAUCAGACCUAAAACCAGGUGAACUACGCCUACUGGAGUGGGACAACCGAGUCGUUCUUACCAUGGGAAUCACUAUCCGAAUACUAGUUACCUCUGAAGAUGUACUACACUCAUGAGCAGUCCCCUCCUUAGGAGUAAAAACAGACGCAGUCCCUGGACGCCUAAAUCAAGUUACACUAAUGUCAACACGACCUGGACUUUUCUAUGGACAGUGUUCAGAAAUUUGCGGCUCAAAUCAUAGCUUUAUACCAAUUGUCCUUGAGAUGGUACCACUAAAAUAUUUUGAGGAGUGAUCUGCCUCUAUAUUAUAA